GAACAAACUGGAUCGGGCAGGAACACAAGCAAACCUCACGGAAUCUACACACAAGUAACGCAUCAAUCAAUCAAACAUCUCACCACAGCCCAACCAAACCCAUUAUCUCUCUCUCUCUCUCUCCCUGUAGAACUCACAACUUCUAGCAGGAGAUCCAAUCCAACCCUCCUUCCUCCAACCCCUAAUUAUUUCUCUAUAACUCUAUUUUAUCCAACGAUUUGUAACUUAGUUGAUUAGAAAUAUUUGCUUUUAAAUUUUAAGUUUCGAGUUUGAUUAUCGCUUGAAUAAGAAAAACUCUAAACAACAUAAAUAUAAUUUUCUAACGAUGACCUAACUCACAUUCUGUAUCUUUGAAUUCUCAACUCGCUCAGAAGGCAUAAGUUUCAAACUUCAAACUCUCAACAGCGUCGUAAGGACAAAAUCCUCAAUUUUCACAUCACAAGUUUCAACCAAAAAUUCCCACAUAAAAACAUCGCAACGGUCCAAAAUCGUUCACCAACCCUCCCAACCCUCCAUAAAUAAGGAGAAAAUUUUUAUUGUGAUCCUACUUUUCUUGUUCCUCCCCAUAAAAACCCACCAUUUAUUUUCUCUUAAUUCCUCCCAAAAACAUACAAACUUUCUCUCUCUAAAUAUCUAGUCUUUCUCUCUGUCUAAAAAUCAAGAACAAGCUGAAAGAAGAAGAACAUGCCAUGUCCAUCAAACAGCAUCAGCUACAAUGGCAGCCAGUGCGCCUGCGCAGUUGGGUACAUUCUAAACCAAACCGCCGCCAGCUGCGUCCUGUUUGCCGCCAAUUCCACCAUCUCCACCGACGGCGGCAUCAACAGCUACGCCAUAAAAUUCCCGGAGACCAUCUUCUCCUUUGACUCCAUAAAAAAGUUCACGCAAUCCCAAGCCGUCUUCUUGGAGGGCACGCUUGUGUUGCUGCUUUCUUGGCUUUGCUUUUGCCUCUUCCUCAGGUUUAUGAAGCUCGGCAACGACGGCCGGAGCAUUUGGUUCCGGCUCCGGUGGUGGAUUAGCCGAUUGGAUGUUUGCUUUGCCACUAGGCAUUGGCUGGAUGAUCAAAAGGUAGUUAAGAAACGAAAAACGGAACUUGGUGGAAUGUUCUCAAUGGCAAGUUGGAUUCUCUUCGUUGGCUUGUUUGCUGCGUUGCUCUACCAAACCAUAUCAAAUAGAAGUAUCGAGGUGCAUAAUGUCAGAGCAACAAAUGCACCUGACUUGGCUGCCUUCAAGAAUGACAUGGAAUUUAACAUAACCGUGGUUUCUAGUAUGAGCUGUUCAAACUUACGUGAUCUUGGUACUUUAGUUACUGGAAAUCCUGGCUUCAUUGACUACAGAGUGGCUCCUCUGUCAAAAUUCGGGAACUACUUGUGUCGGAAUACGAGUAUAGGACCAACUAUAAUUCUUAGGUGCAGCAAUUGUCAACCACUUGAAGACAAUUUGUACAUUUCAUGGCAGUUCGUCGAUCUUCCUAAUAAUCCUGCUGCUGCUGUUGGAUUUCAGUUCAAUCUCAGUACAAGGAGUCAUGCUAGUAAAAAACAUGUCAGUUUUGUUAGCGGAACCCUAAAGAAUGGAAGCAGUUUUGAUGAUACACCAGUUACAUUCAGAGGAAAUACUACAAAUAUAUUAAAAUUUAGUUUGUUUCCCCGGAUAUACCAUAAUCAUCAUGAUCUAAGGCUUAUCCAACCUCUGUUUCAUGAGUUUGUUCCGGGUUCAUUUUUCAGUGAUGAAGGUCAGCUCCGAGCGUCCCUUGAAAAUUCUAAGGAUGGAAUGCUCAACACUACAUUAUAUAUCAACUUUCUCUCUGCCUAUAUCGUGGGGAUAGAUAACCAAAACGUUUUGGGUCCUGUGAGCUUCCUUGCGGAACUUGGUGGCCUGUAUUGCAUCUGUAUUGGCAUUUUUUUCUACCUUUUGGUGCAAUUUGAGUUCAGGAUAAAAAAACUCCGGAAUGAAGAUACCGUGUUGCGGAGGAUCAGAAAUCGGCGAAAAGCUCAAGAGCGCUGGGAUAAAUUAAGGAAAUAUGUGAUGUAUACAUGGGGCUGCAAGGCAUUGGAGGAUUAUUACGAGAGCAUAAACGAGGAAUCAGGUUGUGUGAAUUGUGGUACACAAUCAGUUCAUCAAAAUGGAUCGUCACAUAAGCGAAGGCAACGAGAAACGGUGAUUAGUUUUAACAGGAAGCUCAGCUUGCCUAAGAAGACUCUGGUUCAAGAGUGCUCUGACACUGUUGGGAGUGUGAAGUCAUUUACACCGGGAACUACACCAAACCCGGAAGAAAGUUCAUCGCAUUCAGCAGUCAGACCUCCUCUGCAAAUGGAAUCGCUUGGCUCUACGAAGGACGGAAAACAGCAAUUUGUUCAUGCGUCUAAAGAAGAUUCCUCUCCACCUAAAGCCUUAACUCCGACAAUUGAUGAUAUCAUUCCUCCACCUCCUUCACUAGAAUUGAAGGAUGCUUCUGAAAUGGAUAUGUCUGAUGUUCAAAAGAAUCUUAGAAGUUUGCACGAGUACAACGUUUUGUUGAGGGAAAAGUUAGUAGCUACGCAGUCUUUGUUCCAUUCUUUAGCUACAAAAUCCUCACCUUCGUAACAGAAAGCCAGACGUAGCAUUGCGCAGCAUCUCAACUACACAUCUCCCUACUACUACAUUUUUUUGGGUACGAUGUUUCAUUAGGGCAAUAUCCGUGGAUAUAAUUUAAUUGAUUUAUUAGUUACUCGUGUGAAAUAGUUGCUUGUGGAGUCUUAACAGUUACAGCAUGUUAAUGCAAAGUGAUUAGCUUAUUACAAACUUUAAGCCGGAAGCUGCUUAAGUAAGAUGAACUUGGUGACCAGUUACUGUGCUA